GGGAGCGGGCCCCAGCCCCACCCUCGUGCACCGAGUGGCGGUGCUCGCAGCCGGCCGGCUACCCGGCGUCGCCUUGAGUUCUAGAAAACUUGAUUUGGGAGUGAAAGUGCUUCGUGAACUGCAGCGUUGCGCGUGCCUGAAGGCUUUGAGCGAGGCCCACGGUGAAGGGUGACCCUCGCUCUGCUGAGACCCACUCCGGCGUUUAAAUCCGGGCAAGGACAAAGGACCAAGGAUGCUCUGCUGUUGUUUCAUGAGCUGGUCACUGAGUUUGGCUUACUACAGCCCCUUCUGAAACUGGUUGCCUGAAGCUCUGAUGUGCUACUUGCCAAGAGGGAAGAACGCAUCUGGGCUGCCUAGAGGUACAUAGCUGUUUCCACCCCAGACCAGUCACCAGCUGUCUGCAGUGAGUGAGCCUGGCUGCCUUGCGCAGUCCACCGUGUCCAGACCAAAGUCUGAGUCCUGUCCAUACACUUGUUUCUGAGAGGCCUGAAGACCUCCUGGCUAACACAGAGGAAGGAGCCUCAGACUUAGCAUCAGGCAGCAGGCCUGUGCCCGUGCCCUGCUGUAACAUGAAAUGCGUCUCGGUGGCCACUGAGGGUGCGGAAAUCCUCUUCUACUGGACCGAUGAGGAGUUUGAAGAGAGUCUCCGGCUGAAGUUUGGUCACUCAGAGAAUGAGGCAGAAGAGCUGCCUGCGCUGGAGGACCAGCUCAGCACUCUCCUGGCCCCAGUCAUCAUAUCCUCCAUGACGAUGCUGGAGAAGCUCUCGGAUACGUACACCUGCUUCUCCACAGAAAAUAGCAACUACCUGUAUGUCCUUCACUUGUUUGGAGAAUGCCUGUUCAUUGCUAUCAACGGAGACCACACUGAAAGCGAGGGAGACCUGCGGCGUAAGCUGUGCGUGCUCAAGUACCUGUUUGAGGUGCACUUCGGACUAGUAACUAUGGACGGCCAGCUCAUCCGAAAGGAGCUAAGGCCCCCAGACCUGGGCCAGAGAGCCCAGAUGUGGGCUCAUUUCCAGAGCCUGUUGUGGACCUACAGCCGCCUGCGGGAAGAAGAGCAAAGCUUCGCUGUAGAGGCUGUGGAGCGGCUAAUCCACCCCCAGCUCUGUGAGCUGUGUAUAGAGACACUAGAGCGGUAUGUGGUCGAGGCCAUCAACUCCAGCCCCUCACGGGGUGGUGAAGAGGCCUUACAUGCCUUCCUGCUUGUGCACUCCAAGCUGCUGGCCUUCUACUCCAGCCACACUGCAAGCUCCCUGCGCCCAGCCGACCUCCUUGCUCUCAUCCUCCUGGUUCAGGACCUCCACCCCAGCGAGCAUACGGUGGAGGAGGAUGGUGAUGCUCAGCCUUCCCCACAGAGAAGACCCUGGAGCAGCCAGAAUAUCCCUAUGCAGCAGCCCCGGAACCCACGCACCUCAGACCAAACCAAGGACAGCCCUUCAGGGACGCAGGACACAGACAGCUUCUCCCUCCCUGAGGAGUACUUCACACCAGCUCCUUCCCCUGGGGAGCAGAGCUCAGGUAGCACCAUCUGGCUAGAGGUGGCUCCCUCUGCCGUUCCACAGGUAGCUGAGGACACCCUCCAAAUGCUGGCUCCUCAUUCCUCAGUGCCUCCCAGUCCCAGAAGGAUCUUCCUGGAUGCCAGUGUAAAAGAUAACUACUGCCCUUUGGUGCCCCACACAAUGUACUGCCUGCCACUGUGGCCAGGCAUCAGCAUGGUGCUCCUGACCAAGAGCCCUAGCACCCCACUGGCCCUGGUUCUUUACCAGCUACUGGAUGGCUUUUCUCUUCUGGAGAAAAAGUUGAAGGAGGGCCAAGAAGCUGGGAGUGCCCUGCGGUCCCAGCCCCUUGUGGGAGACCUGCGCCAGAGGAUGGACAAGUUUGUCAAGAAUCGAGGAGGCCAGGAGAUUCAGAGCACCUGGCUGGAGUUUAAAUCCAAGGCCUUUUCCAGAACUGAACCAGGAUCGGCCUGGGAGCUGCUCCAAGUGUGUGGGAAGCUGAAACGGCAGCUGUGCGCCAUCUACCGGCUCACUUUCCUGAGCACCGCACCCAGCAGGGGAGGCCCACACCUGCCACAGUCUCUACUGGAUCGAGCCCAGAGGCUCAUGCGAGAAAGGCUGCUGGACUGGAAGGACUUCCUGCUGGUGAAGAGCAGAAGGAACAUCACCAUGGUGUCCUACCUGGAGGACUUCCCAGGCUUGGUGCAUUUCAUCUAUGUGGAUCGCACGACGGGGCAAAUGGUGGCUCCUUCCCUUAACAACAGUGAAAAGACUUCAUCAGAGUUGGGCAAGGGGCCCCUGGCUGCCUUCGUCAAAGCCAAGGUCUGGGCUCUGAUCCAGAUGGCACGCAGGUACCUGCAAAAGGGCUAUACCACGCUGCUGUCCCACGAUGGAGACUUCUGCUGCUCCUACUUCCUGUGGUUUGAGAAUGACAUGGGCUACAAACUCCAGAUGAUCGAAGUGCCUGUCCUCUCUGAUGACUCCGUCCCCAUUGGUGUCCUGGGAGGUGACUACUACAGGAAGCUCCUGCGCUACUACAGCAAGAGCCACCCAGCUGAGGCUGUCAGGUGCUAUGAGCUACUGGCUUUGCACCUGUCGGUCAUCCCCACUGACCUGCUGGUGCAGCAGGCCAGCCAGCUGGCCCGGCGCCUGAGUGAGGCCUCUCGUGUGCCCCUGCCCUAAGCCAGGCUGCACUGCCCAGUGCAGUGGGCCCAUGUGCCUGUUUUUCGGCCACCCCACUUUCAGAUAUUCCCUAAGCAAGAGCUUCCUCCCUCCUGUCCCAGAAGCCUCCUGAGGAUGCACACAGACCCCAGAGCAGCCCCAGGAUUUCUCAAACCCUGCCUGGACCACCUCCAUGUGGCAUAACAAGCGAGCCCCAAAUCCUCCCCACUGGAGGGAAAGGGAGUCAUAGUCUUCCUUUUUACAGCAGCCAUGGCUGCUGUCCUCGUGGCUACGAAAUGGCAGUAGCUCCUCUUUCAGAACUACUACUGUCCCCAGGAAAGAGCGAGGAAGUGCUCAGAGCUUAGGCUCCCUGAAGACCUAUACCCCACCCCCGCUGCUGUUCUGCGUGAGGGGCUCUUUUCCCUACCCCAGGUGAGAGGUGCCCCAUUGACUGGCUUGAAUUCCAGCCCUGCUGCCUCGCCUGCCACUUCUGCGGCUCUGGACUGUUCUUAAAAUGCUGUGCCCAUGUCCCCGUGUUUAAAAUGUUAACACCUACCUCUCGGGGUAAUUGGGAGGAUUCCCAGACACUGGUAUAUACUCAGUAAAUGUUGGUUAUUGUCAGCAUCCAA